UCACCGCUCACAGAUGGUGAGCGGACUCGGCAAAAAGUAUCCUGACUUUUGACCCCUGUCCUGCCUGGCGUCGGACGCAACCGUGUGAGGUGACCGGGUGCUCUACUCUUCUACCGGAACGGAAGAGAGCAGGUCGAGCGCGGCGUCGGUGGUGGUGGAGCAUUGGCGGGAAUGGCGGGCGGAGGCAGUGACAAGAUCGACUAUGUGUUCAAGGUGGUGCUGAUCGGGGACUCGGCGGUGGGGAAAUCGCAGAUCCUGGCGCGGUUCGCGCGGAACGAGUUUAGCCUCGACUCCAAGGCCACCAUCGGAGUGGAGUUCCAGACGCGAACCCUCGUCAUCCAGCACAAGAGCGUCAAGGCCCAGAUCUGGGACACCGCCGGCCAAGAGAGGUAUAGAGCUGUCACAAGUGCAUACUACAGAGGAGCAGUUGGGGCCUUGAUUGUUUACGAUAUCACCAGACGUCAAUGCUUUGACCACAUUCCUCGGUGGCUUGAGGAGCUGCGGAGCCAUGCUGACAAAAACAUUGUGAUCAUGUUAGUUGGAAACAAGACUGAUCUCGAGGGCCAGAGAGCUGUACCGAUGGAAGAUGCCCGGGAAUUUGCUCAGAAAGAAAACCUCUUCUUUCUGGAAACAUCAGCGCUAGAUGCUACCAAUGUGGAGAACGCCUUCCAGACUGUGCUGACUGAGAUUUUCAACAUCGUCAACAAGAAGAGCCUGACCUCUGACCCUCAGAGCAACAACAGUGCACCGACACUGCCUGCAAAGAAGAUCAUCAUCCCUGGCCCAGCGCAAGAGAUUCCAAAAAGUAAGGUGUGCUGUAAGGCUUCCUAGAUGAUGCUUUGCCUCUUCAGUAGUCGUUGCUGGAAGCAUCCGAGUUGUCACAGUAAUUGCCAGAUGCCUUUAUUGUUGAAAUCUUGAUGGAGGGUAUAAGCUUCUGAACUUGGAAGAAUUGAUUCAAUCUUGUAUGUGGUUUGGGUUUGGUGGAUCAAGUGAAAGAUCCGAUGAUACUUUCUGUCUAUACCAUACCACAGGCUACAACAACUAAAUAGCUUUCCCUGGCACUGUGUUUAAUCAAGUUAAUUUGUGCACUAAAGGUUCUUUACGAGUAAACUCUCU